AUGAGCAUCGUGGAGGAGGAUGUGGAUGAACACGUGUUCAAUGACCCCAUGAACACAUCUGAGCUAAGGAGUGUGAAAGACCUGCUCUUCUCCGACACGGUGCAGUACCUUGCACACCGUGAGUCCAGGGGUGUGACUGGAGCAGACUGGCCAGAUCGACUUCCUCCCAUCUCAGAGGGUUGUGUUGUGGGCCUGAUGACCCAGGAGGAUCCUCCCAUCAUUCCCUCUGCGCACGAGAGCUCUGCCCAGCCUGUCAAUCUCUGUUGCAAGUGUGAGCAGAGGGUCUCAUGGGAGUCGCUCUCCGAGGGGUCCUCUACUGAGCCUGUCAUCCCUACCUCAUCGCUGCCACCUUUUGUUACUCACUCUGCGCCGCGCCCCAAGAAGAAGAAGAGGAGGAAGAAGGAAUCUCCGGCCUCUGAUUCGCCGCAGCUUCACCCAGCUGCAGCCUCCUCGGCUUUUGAUUCGCCGCAGCCUCUGCCGCCUCUGCUGGAGCAGCCUCAGCCGGUGCAGUCGCACUCUCAAUCCGAGUCUGCCCAGCCACAGUCAGAUGCAGCCUCCCCUAUCCCGGGUCCCGUCUCAUCUCCGCUGCCGGACGCAGCACCCCCUGUCAUGGUCCCUGUCUCGUCUCCGCUGCCGGCCGCAGCGUCCCCUGUCGUGGUCUCUGUCUUGUCUCCACUACCUGUCAAGCCUGUCUCCCCUAGACCCCCCAUCAGGCCUGCCCGGACUCCUCGCCCCAAGCCCUCUACUUCACCCUCUGGACUUCAAUCUCUGUUCCCACCCUCCUCUCCUUUUGUGAACUCUCUUGUUCCCCCGCCCCCCUUCCUUGUUUGUUGUUUUUAUUAUUUCAUCCCAACCCUGUAA